AUGAACCUGGCUCCAUCUCUUCACCUCCCACUGCUCCUUUUGCUUGUUGAAGGAGGUGUGUAUGGGCAGAGGAUCAUAGGCGGUGAUGUGGUACAACCCAACUCCAUCACGUAUCAGGCCUCUCUGCUCUUCAUGAACAGCCACUUCUGUGCAGGCUCUCUCAUCAACCAGCAGUGGGUGGUGUCUGCUGCCCACUGCUGGAGACCGAGCAACAAGAUCCAAGUGGUCCUGGGUGAGCACAGCUUUAACACAGAGGAAGGAACUGAGCAGAGGUUUAGCGCCUCCUUAGUGAUUAGGCACUACCAGUACAAUCACUGGACAUUUGACAAUGAUAUCAUGCUGAUUAAGUUGGACCGUCCAGCUGUCUUAAACUCCUGGGUCAAGCUGGUCUCUUUGCCAGAUCCGAACUCACCACCCUUGGCAGACUUUGCCCGGUGCAGAGUCAGCGGCUGGGGUGUGACCUCAGUCAACAGCUACAGCCUUUCAACUGAACUGAGGGCUGUGGAUGUGGACAUCUUUAGAAACUGCUGGUACUUCUACUACUUCAGGAUCACAGAUAACAUGAUCUGUGCUGGAUCUUUCUAUGGGGGGAAAGACUCCUGUCAGGGUGACUCAGGAGGACCUCUGGUUUGUAACGGUAAACUUGAGGGCAUUGUGUCUUGGGGCAUUGGCUGUGCCUAUCCUAUCUACCCUGGUGUCUACGUCAAGGUCAUUAACUACCUCGAAUGGAUCAACUGGAUCAUCCAGAACAGCUAAUAACACUGACGAUGACCAGCUUACUUAAGACUGUAUUGUGAUGAAGAUUUCAACAGAUUGACCAGACCAUGGACUCUUCAUGGACAUUUUGUGCUAUCUUUUAUACAUUACUUUUGUAUGAACACAAAUACAUUGGCUGAAAAAAGAUAUGUAACAUAUACAGCAUGAGUGUGAAUGUUUUAUCAUUAAGUGAAUAUCACCUAGCAAAUAAGACUAAGGCUGUCAUGAAAUAAACGUCGGACAUAAACUACUACAACUAAAUGCACUUUUUUUUUAAUAGCUGUUGUACGGUGUUUCUAGUGCUUUCCAGAAGUGAUUUAAAACCAUGUCACAGGGUGUUGGUGAUCAUUUAAGGGAUCCUUUUGGUCCAAUUGACUCAAAG